AGUAUCUUAAUCUCUAGGGGACCAAGAUGUCAGAUCCAAACAAAGCUGCCAUUGCAGCAGAAAAGGAGGCUCUGAACUUGAAGUUACCCCCUGUUGUCCAUCCCCCAGAAAACAUAGGUGUUGACACACCAGCACAAAGUAAGCUGUUAAACUACAGAAGAUCCAAGGAACAGCAGAAGAAAAUUAAUCAGUUAGUAAUGGAUGAAGCCAGAAGAAAUUUAGACAGAACACUGGGUAAAAGAACACCUCAAGUACCAGAACCUGAUUAUCCUUCAACUAUGACCAGUGAAAUUAAAAAAAAAGGAUUCCACUAUAUUUUUAUGAAGCAAUGUGUAGAAAGUAGUCCUAUAGUACCUAUUCAACAGGAAUGGCUGGAUCAUAUGUUAAUGCUGAUACCCAAGUCUUUAAAGGAAGGAAAAGAAAGAGAAGACCUUCUUGAAAGUCUCAUAAAUGAGGUGUCAAGUGACUUUGAAAACAGCAUGAAGAGAUAUUUGGUGCAGAGUGUUCUUGUGAAACCACCAGUUAAAUGGCUUGAAGAUGAAGGUGGUCCUUUACCUGAAUCUCCUGUAGUCCUAGAUUAUUCUAAUCCUUGGCAUUCUAGCUAUGUGCAGGCAAGAAAUCAAAUAUUAUCCAACUUGCACAUUGUUCAUCCAACUAUGAAAAUAUUACUGGACCUUGGCUAUAAAACAUUUGCUGAUACAGUUUUGCUGGACUUAACAGGAAUUAGAGCUAAAGGCCCAAUUGAUUGUGAAUUACUGAAAACUGAUCUGUCGAUACAAGCUAGAAAAGCAGAAGAGAAGAUAAUGAAUACAUGGUAUCCAAAGGUUAUAAACCUCUUUACCAAGAAGGAGGCAUUAGAAGGUAUUAAGCCUGAAAAAUUGGAUGCAUUUUAUAAUUGUGUUUCCACACUUAUGUCAAAUCAGGUAAAUGCAUUUUAUAUAUAUGUCAAAUGA